AUGGUCCGCCUCCUUCCUGGCCUUAUUUUGGUCCUAGCAGCCGAGGCCUCAGCCGCUUGGAAUGGCACAUGCCAUCAGAAAUCGCGGCGCAAAGCAUGGCACAGGAUGUCGGUGGAUGAGAGAAAGGAAUACAUUGAUGCCGAGCUUUGUUUGAUGGAGCGUCCCCCGAUUGCUGGGAUUGAAGGCGCCAAGAAUCUCUGGGACGAGCUUCAAUUUGCUCAUAUAACCCAGUCAAACAUCAUUCAUAACGUACCUUACUGGGCACAAGUUCGUGACGUUGAUAACUUUGCUGGAUCUGUCAUUUUUGAUCCUGUCACUGGGUUCGGUGGCGAAGGCAGCGAGUGUGUUUCUGAUGGCCCCUUUACGAACUUGAGGAUGCAUAUCAACGGCACUUCAACAUCUGCCAAUUACUGCCUGUCACGCGCAUUCAACGCUACCGCAUUUACGAAUGCAAAGCAGGAAAAUAUUGAUGAAUGCUUCAACCUCGAGAAGUAUGAGGACUCCUAUUCUUGCUACCAGGCACUACCACAUACGGCAGGUCAUUUUGGUGUUGGUGGUACAAUGUAUGAUCCCGCCGCAAGCCCCGGCGAACCACUCUUCUACCUUCAUCAUACCAACCUAGACCGCCUCUGGUGGGAAUGGCAACAGGAUAACCUUACAUUCCGACUGACGGAUAUGGGAGGACAGAACAUGCCCUCGGAGGAAUUCCUGAGAGAAAAUGGUUUCCCUGAUCCCACCCCGGGCGUCAUCGAUUAUUUUGGCGAUGGUGGUGGCAUUGUGACUACUCUGAACCAUAACUUGUGGAUGGUAGGCGUUGCGUCGAAGGUGACAGUACGAGAAGUUAUGGAUAUUGGAGGGCCAUUAAACUGUGCAGAGUAUGUGUGA